AUGGAAAAUCUAAGCAUACCUGAGGAACUUGUGUCUGCAAUGGGACCAGAAAACACUACCACGAUGGUAACUGAGUUUAUUAUACUAGGAUUUGGGGACCUCAAGGAACUGAGUCCCUUGUUCUUCUUGGGGUUUGGUAUUGUCUAUCUAGCCACUGUUUCUGGGAAUCUUCUUCUCAUGCUGCUGGUAUGCACUCAACAAGGACUUCAGACUCCAAUGUACUUUUUUCUGGCGAACCUCUCAUGCUUGGAGGUCUGUUACACAACCAACAUUGUGCCCCGAAUGCUCAUAGAUUUGUUAAGAGAGCAUAGAGUAAUCUCCAUGAUGGGCUGUAUUGUUCAGUUAUACUUCUUUGGGGCCCUGGGCAGUACUGAGUGUUAUCUACUGGCAAUAAUGUCAUAUGACCGGUACCUGGCUGUCUGUUGGCCCUUGCAUUAUCCAACAUUGAUGCAUGGAACUCUAUGUGUCAGGCUAGUAAUUGGUUCAUGGCUUAGUGGCUUCACAGUGGCAGCUGCAUUCCAGGCUGCUAUGCUAUCCAGUUUGACUUUCUGUGGUGGCAAUGAGAUAGACCAUUUCUUCUGUGACUUGAAACCUCUGCAGAAGCUCUCCUGCUCUGAUCCUCAUCUGGUUAACCUGGUCUGCAUGAGUCUAACAGCUUUGGUAACCCUAGUCCCUUUUGGACUAACUUUAAUGUCGUACUGGAAAAUUCUUUCUGUGGUUUUGCAUAUGUCUUCCAUGACUGGUAGGCAAAAGGCACUUUCCACUUGUUCUUCUCAUCUGGUGGUUGUGACUUUGUUUUAUGGGACCCUAAUCUUGGUCUAUGCUGUACCCCUGGUUGGCCAGAUGCCAGCUCUCCACAAGACGUUUUCUUUGCUCUAUACUGUUGUCACUCCCAUGUGUAAUCCUCUUAUCUACAGCCUCAAAAACAAAGAUGUCAAGGAGGCUCUGAAGAAAUUGAGGAAUGGACUCUGUGAUUUUUAG